AUGGACACUCCCGCAUCAAACCGCAGCAUAUCCUCCAUUACCACAGCCCCCCUGUCACGCACUCAAUCCUACACAUACCCCUUCACAUACCCCUUGACCAGAAUCUUCAACAACACCACUACAUCACCACCUCCACCAACCCCUUCAAAAAGAAGCCCUUUCCCGCUCCCAAAACUCACCCGUCGAUCCCGGACCCAGCAAUACAAAACCUUCAAAUCCUUGUACGUCAACAUCGAAAUGGCAGAUCUCAGCCACACCCGCUCCCACUGGCAACCUCGUCCCACCUCCCCGGAUGCUGAUUACGAUGGAGACGCCGAAGAUAACGGCGCUGAGUGCGCAGACGUCGACCUCGUCACGCUGGCGCUGUGUACGGUUGAUAGUAUGGAGAUUAUCCGCCGGGAUACGGAGGAGAAGUGGAAGGGUGGCCGGAGUCGGAGCGGGAGCGCGAGUGCGAGUGCGAGUGGGUGCGUGAUGGGAGGGGUGAAGAGGACGGUUGCGAAGAUGGGGGUCAGUGUCAGGAAUGAGGUUAGGGGGUUGGUUCGGAAACUUACUUUUUGA